AUGACCACGGCUAUCCUCUUUACGUCUUGUAUAACUGACCAGACCCGUUUCGAUGAUCUGGACGCCAAGUUUACCACCUGCAUCUCUCCGAGCUCUGAACCGGAGGACGUGCAGGCGCGCAUGUAUGCGGUGUAUGACGGCGUGAUGGACAGGAUGAUUCGGUUGGGCUUCAACCACGGCUUCACCAACAUCGAGGUGUUCAAGAUGAAGGAUGGACAGUUGAAGAUAUGUGAAGUGAAUGCACGGGGAUCGAAGCAACUCUCUACCAUCUACAAGGCGAGCCACACCAACGUUACCCAGGACUAUGUGUACCUGACUGCUGGCCUCGGUAUCCGACCAGUCCUCCCUACGGAAACAGGGAGGUAUGGGAUAUCGUACCCUAUCCGGUUCCGCGUUCUGGACAGGCCGGGCAACUUGGUUGAUUUUGACCAGAUCGAAAAGCUGAAGCAGGAUCCUGACGUCGCCUUCAGACUCACGGUGGCUGGUCCUGACGAUGACGUCACCAGUUUCGCCGGCAGCGCGGGAAAUCACUUCGUGUACCUGCACACUUACGGCGACACGCGGGAGGCCAUGAUCAGGAAGCUGGCUGACGCCAUGCAACUCCUCGUCAAGAAGCCAGAGUUACUGACUUACCCAAUACAUUAUGUGAUAUGAGAGUUAUCUCCAAGCAGAUGUACCCUCCUUGAUAAGACCAAUGCU